AAUGUACACUGAAAGAGUUCAACGACUAUCACCAGUAUCUGAAAUCUGUUCAACUUGAAAAGAUAACACAGGAACGGAAGAGAACGGUUAUCCCGCAAGCUCCAGAAUGACUACAGGAAGACGAUGAUGAGGCUGUUGGACCAACGCCGUAAGAAGAAGGCGCUCCAGCAGAGCAGACGCAAGGAGAGCGAGGAGAAGCAUCACAACAUCAGGGCAACGCUGGAAGAGGAGGCUCAAUUAAAGAAGAACAUGAUCAAAGCUAAAAGAACGUCGGAGGAGAUCAGACGAGAGGAGCAACUAAAAGCUCAACAUGAAAAGGAGAAGGAGGAAAAGGAAAAAAAGUUGGAAGAUCAAUGGACUCGUCGGGAACUCGCCCGGGCGAAGAGGAUGAUGAGAGAGAAACUCCUAGAGGCCCAGAAGAAAGAGGAGAUGCAAGAGAGAGUGCUGAGGAGAGAGGAAAUGGUUGCUAAGCAAUGGGAAACACAGGAAGAUAAUCUCACCCGUAUUAGAGAAUAUAGACAAAAGUCGGCCUUACGAAAGGAGGUCUUCGUUGCUGAGCGACUUGAGAAGAAGGUCGAGGACUUGUGCCGUAAAUACACCGCAGGACCAAAACGCGGGAGGCGGAGGUUCCCACCAAUCAAUCCCAAGCUGACUACCAACAUGACUACUUGGAAUGUGAAAGAGAAACUCUGCAAGGAGAAAGAGGAGGCGGGCUCCACUACCACUAGUACUGAUAAGCUUCCUCCAAUCAUCUAUUCAGAUGAAUCAGGAAUAGACAAACGUCGCAGUGCCCCACCCUCUAUGGUCAUCUAUGAAACAUCCUCUUUACCUUCUGUUAAAUCUUCAGAGUUUUCCAAGGAAAUUGUGACCAUAUUGGAGGAGUUUGAGCCUCCGACUUCAGUGGAGUCUAUGGGGGAUGCCCCUGUAUCUAUGCCAGAAGUCCUGGACUCCUUCACAGUGGUUGCCAGGCAACUCGUCUCUGGCGUCUUUAAGGAGCUGAAGGCCGAUCCAGAGUUCGAUGACGUGGAAUGGGAAGAGGGAAACGAUGGCACAUGGAAGACGGAUGGACAGAAGGAUAGAGCUCCAUCAGAGAGGUCUGGUAGUCCUGAUGUCUACAUUGAUGCAAGUGAGGUCAGCCCCUACGCGAGCCUGAUGGUAGCCAAUGCCUUGAAGAAUGUCUUGAACCAGGUAGAAGACACUCAACCUUCCUUGAUACAGAUUUCCACAAUUGAAGAAAGGGCUCGGUCUAUCGUCUCUAAAGUUCUGGAAGGCGCCAUUGAGAGUAUCUGUCCAUCGAGUCUUGUAAAAAUGGUGAAGAAUGAGACUGCAGAGGAUGUGAGUGACGGAGGUCAAAGGUCAUAUGAUUUAGAUGACCGGCUUGGUGAAGAGACUGACGAGGCAGUGGAUCUCUCAUCCAUCAUUGAAAUCUUUAAGGAGCCCGUUGACUCGAUCCCAUCCAUCACGCACACCCAAGCCUCUAGUGAAAGCGAGAGCGAAGCCGAAGAAGAAGGCGAUACUGUCAUCGGCAUCGUGGAAAACCCGAUCCUCAUGGACGAGAUCCAGCACACCGGAGGCCCGUCGGGCGAUACCGACGUCGACGAGGGCCUGCACGUCGUCAUGCACAAGGCCGAUGACGGUCACUUGGUCAUGGAGGGUGCGGUGCUGACUGCUGAACACGACACGCAGACGAUCACGGAGAGAAUCCUUUCCAAUAUCACCUUGGAGAGGGUUUCAGGCAGUUUGUCAGGGGCAUCAAGCUCCCGCAGCGGACUGACCCGAGAGGAACCAGCAGCGCCCUCAUCAAGCAGCUCCGAAGACGAAGGCGAAGAGAUCCCCGAAGACCACUCCUCGAUCAUCCCGAUCUACCAAAAGAACCUGAUCAAUGUCGGAGGACACAUGGUGGAGUCCCAUCUCUCUGCGAUCUCCAUGAAACCUGAGGCAGAUGGGAAGUUCCCCAGCAAGGGCAAGUGCGCUGCCAGGAACUCCUUCAGGAAUAUCUUCCGUCCAGACAUGACGUACUGUCAGGGUUCAGCCAGGAUGCUUCGGGAUACCCUGGUCAGAGACAUCUCGAGCCGCCACACGGCCAGUCUGCCGACGGGGAUGGACAUGGUCUGUGAGGUUUUGGAAAAGGAGGAGCAAGACAUCAUGGAGAAGCAUUCGGACGAGGCUCUGGUCGGCGUGGAGGAGACAGAGGGACUUUGUUACCUGCCAACCAAGAGGAGACCCAAACCGGCCCCACCCCAGACACCUGCCCCCGAGCCGGUCCAGGGAGAGACUCCUGCGACUGAGACAGUUCCUGCCACCGAGCCACCUUCAGCUUCUGAGCCGGUCCAGGCUGAGCGGACACCUGCCACCGAGCCACUCCAGGCCAGGACAGAUCUAGACGCCGAGCCAGAACAGGUUAAGAAGAAAUCGAGUGACACUCCUGGUAAUGAUGGUGUCCUAACAGCAAAGAGCUCAGAAGAUAGAUCUACCAAGCCUGAUGGUGAUCGUAAGGAAGCUUUGGUGGAUGCUGAUGGCACAGGUGGUGCAGAUGCUGCAGCAUCAGCAACGGAAGGGAAUCCAAAAGCUACCACUUCAUAUCAUACUGAGCAUCAGGUCAUUCCAUCAUCCAAGUCGGCUGAAGAGGCACAAGAGAGGGCGCUCUCCGCAGAGAGAGAAAGCACUAGGCGUGAAGUCUCCACGCACUCUGUCGACGCCUCCCCGAACCUCGCCGAUAGCAGCUCAGGAGAGGACAGUGAAUCCCCCAAGGGUCGGAAAUCGAAGAAGGUGAAGUCUUCGGGCGGGCUGAGCGGGCUGUUCUCUCGCAUCAGCCAUGUGUUUUCCGGGACACGCAAGUCAAGCGCCAGCAUCCCGUCACAUGAAAGCUCAUCGGAACCGGCUAGUCGGCGGUCAUCAAAGAAGAGCAUUGAGAGAUUUACCGUCGGGGCUUUGUCAGAUGGUACACAAGCACCCGAGGAAGCACCUAGCAGUGAGACAAGCCAACCUUCCUCCGUCGGCUUGCACCAAGACUCGAGCAACCUCCAACGUUCCAGCAUCCACCGCGGCUCUAGCAUUCACCACGGCGCCAGCGUCCAUUUCACCUCGAAGACCGUCGACCCUCCAGCCAGGAGAGAGAGUAUCUACGCCUCCCACCGACCCCAGACGCCCAUCCCUGCUAUGCAUCAUGAUCCAACCCUCGAUGAUGACGACGAUGAUGAUGACGAUGAGGUGGUCAUCGAUGCGGAGAAUCCGAAAGGAGAUGGUCCGGUUCGGGAAGGUGUCAAGGAAGCCAGUUCCGAGGCUUUGGCAACGGGAGAAGAUGCACGUGCAGCAGACAAUGAAGAAGAAAAGCAAACACCACCUACUGAUCAGCAAGAGAAGGCUGUUGCCAUGGAAUCAGAUACCGAGGCCGAGUCUGUUGUCAUGGAAACAGCCACCACUGGUGAGGCCGAGGCUACUCCUGCUGAAAAUGAGCUUCCGAAAGCAACAGAUGAGAGCUCUGUUGCCAUGGAAACUGAUGGACACACCCCUGAGGAAGAAACACAUGAGCCAGAGACUAAAGGUGCAGAUGAAAGGACAGAACCAGCUGAAAACACUGAUGAUGUUCCAGGUGAAAAGGAAGUUCAAGAGGACAAACCAGCAUCUGAAGAUGAUCCGCACGCUGAAGAUCCCUCAAACCCUAAUACUCCGACAGAACGCCCGCUGCAAGUCGAGAAUGACAGCAACAAUUCAAACACCGAUAGCGGUGCCAAAUCACCCGACCGUCUUCCCUCCAUCCGUACGAGCCAGCUGCAGUCCCCACGAACACCCAGCUCGUCAUCAUCUAGCCGAGCAUACGGGGUGCCUAGUCAGUCGGGAAGCCGCGCUUCUCAGGCUAGUCCACGGCCCAUGCCCCCAACAUUGAGGCCACCAUCAGAUCGGAGUCCCUCAGGGUCCCAUUCUAUGACCAUCACUGGUCAUUCAUUGACACCUGCAGGAUCCAAGAUGGUCAAGUCAGUGACAUCGACCUCGGAGAAAGGAAGGCAUGGUGCCCUGAGUCCUAAGGCUCCAGCAUCCAUGCGGAACAGUCGGGCAGGGCUGUCGAACCACAAGCGGAUUUCUUCCCCGCGUAAGAAGUCUACCGUGUCGAGCCAGUCAGCUGGCAAGGUCAAGAGUGCGUACGGAAGCUCUGCUGGUCUUUCAGUAAGUGGAUAUCAAAUCCUCCCUACCAAGCCAUCCAAAUCGACUUCCUCCAGCAGACGUGCGUCUCGCAAUCAGGCCAGUCUGAUCAGUGCGACGGAGCUUGGAACAUCGCGGACUUCAAGGACCAAGCAGGGGAGUCGCGGUAGCGUGAUCAUGCCUAGACCGCCCUCUGGUAUCAAGCCGUCAGGUUCCGCUCAGUCUGGUCAUCGUGGAGUCAGGCAACCAUCGGGAACUCAAGCCGUGUCAAACCCAACCCUUACAACCUCCAAAGGUAGCUCUUCAGUUCUUGUCAAUCAUCGGAGCUCCAACGAAAGGCUGCUGCCACGUCGGGCAUCCCUUGAGAAAGAAAACCGGAUGGAGCGCCUGUCUACGGAGAGCGUGACUAGCAAAAGAUCCAGCAAGGAGAAAGUCGGGAAGAAGAAAUCCAGUGGGACCCAACAAGCAACAGAAGAGCCGGUUGACGAUCAAAAGCCUGCAGCCCCUAUGCCUAAGAUCAAGGAGUCCCUGACCCCUCGACCUCCCAGUCAACCUGCGACCUCGAAACAGAGGUCGCGACCUAACUCAGGAAUCAAGAGAGCUGCCGAAGAUAAUACCUCAGAUGCCGGACAAAAUAUGCUUGGGAAUGACCAGGCGGCAUCAGAGGACUAAAAUAAGAGAUCGCAAUCUGAAUGUGAUGAUACUGCAGUGAUAAACAAACAAAUCAUAAAGGAAAAGAAAUUGAUGAAUUGCUCUUAUAAUGAACUGCUGUGAUUAGAAAUCAGGAUUUUACUACAGUAUUGAGGAAGCAUAAACAAAGGCUUGUUAAAAUUGCAAUCUGAAUAUGAUGAUACUGCGGGAUAAACAGACAAAAAGUAGAGGAAAUUAUCCCAAGGAACUGCUAUUAUUAGAAUUGCUCUUAUUAGGCUACAAUAUUUAGAAACUGUUUGCUAAGGGGAAUUAAUUAUCAUAGUUUCAAUCAAUGUUUGUUUUUAAUCAAGGUAAAGGAAUCUUUGAAGAAAAUCAGUUUAGAAAAGAAAACAGUGAUUAAUUAACUUGUGGGAAUCAUGGUGAAAAAAUGCAUCAGUAAUUAAUUAAUUCUAGGAAAAGGAUAUGAUUAUAAAUGCAGUUUAUAAUGAUUUAUAUGACAGUGAAAAUAAAACAAGUCAUUGAUUAUAUUAAUGAGUUCAAUAGAAUUACAGCAUAUCUUCAUUUCUCUUCAAUUAUUAGUAAUCUUUAUUUCUAAUUUUCAAGUUUUGAUUUGAGAAAUUACCCAAUCCUUUAAAAUUAAUGUAUUUAUGCUAAUUAGAAAUAUUAAGUGAUAUAAUUUCUGAAGGAAAAACACACCUUGAAAAAUUCUUGCAAAUAAUGUUGGUAUGCAUAUAUAGUAUAUUUGUUGAUACUGGCAUAGACUCUUUGAUAAGAUUAUUUAUUUGUGAAGAAAUAAUUUUGAAAAUGAUGGCUAUAAUUGUAUUCAGCAUUAUUUUACUUUAUUUCUGAAUGUAAAAAUAUAUUCAUAGGGGCAAUAUAAUGAAUAAUUUCAAAAGCAGCUGAUUAUAUUCAAUGAAUGAAAACGUUAAAAGAGACCAAAAAAUUCCUUGCCAGGCAUAGGUUUUGUCUCGCCCACCAGAGGUGAAGGCGAGACUUAGGGAUCCAAAUGUCGUCCGUCCGUUGUCCGUCCGUCACAAACCUGUUAUGACAUAACUCCACAAACGUAAGUCACUUUUCAACCAAACUUGGAUGGUAGAUGGACUUUGGGGACCUGCAUGUUAUGCU